UUGUAUUAAAGAAGUGUGUCUUAUAUUAAAAUAAUAAAUAAAAUCAUAACUAAAAGUGGAUGUUAUAUUUCUUUUGCUUUAAAAUGUGUAUUAACAUACAUAAAGUAAAUUAAUAUAAGAUUUAUGAGUGGAAAACGUUCGCGUAGCUUUAAGUGUGCUGUUCAUCAUCGUGAUCGUGAAGUUUGUUCUGAAAAUGAUUUUCAUUUAGUAUUGGAGGAGCCGCCGUUCUUUAAAAAAAUGGUUCAUGUUAUAGCGAUGGAAGUGUUGCCCGAAGAGCGUGAUCGAAAAUAUUACGCUGAUCGUUAUUCAUGUUGUCCACCGCCGUUUUUUAUAGUUCUUAUGACAUUCAUAGAGUUGGCAUUCUUUGCAUACCACACACUCAACACUGGUGAAGCGGAACCUGCUGGUCCGGUUCCAACCGAUUCCCUCUUUAUAUACCGUCCUGAUAAGCGUCAUGAAGUGUGGCGUUUUAUAUUUUACAUGGUCCUACAUGCCGGUUGGUUUCAUCUUGGCUUUAAUUUAUGCAUACAACUACUGUUCGGUCUGCCACUGGAAAUGGUGCACGGUUCAGGGCGUAUCGCUUGCAUUUAUUUGGCGGGUGUGUUGGCUGGCUCAUUAGGCACUAGCAUAUUUGAUCCUGAAGUGUGCCUGGUUGGUGCCAGUGGUGGCGUGUACGCCUUGCUAGCAGCACAUUUAGCGAAUGUCAUGAUAAACUAUCAUCAAAUGCGCUAUGGAAUUUUUCGUCUAGUCACAAUCUUAAUAUUUGCUUCAUGCGAUUUUGGUUUUGCGAUAUAUGUGCGCUAUGCUGACGAAAAUCCUUUGAGCCCGUCCGUAUCGUAUGUGGCGCACUUGACUGGUGCACUGGCUGGUCUGACUAUUGGUUUGUUGGUUUUGAAAAACUUCGAACAAAAGCUCCAUGAGCAGUUAUUGUGGUGGAUCGCUUUAGGGGUGUACUCGGCGUGCACCAUAUUCGCCAUCGUCUUUAAUGUUUUGAAUAGCAGUGUUAUGCAGAGCUUCAAGGUUGAAAACGUUUACGCUACAGAAACGUUUUACAAUGAUUUCCAAGUAUGAUGAAAAGUUAAUGUACCAAAUGUGGUAAUCCUUUGUUGCCUUUUUUGUUCCUCGCUUUACAUUAAUGUUUUUGUUAAUAGUUUUUUUUUAUUUUAAUAUUUAAGAGCGAAUAUUUUUCUAGUUCUGU